AUGUCUGGUAGAGCUGGUGGUGUUUCUGUCUUAUUAGGAGCCCAAUGGGGUGACGAAGGUAAAGGAAAGAUCAUUGACUAUCUGAUCGAGAACUAUAAAGUUGAAAUUACUGCUCGUUGUCAAGGAGGAAACAAUGCUGGUCAUACCGUUGUAGCCAACGGAAAGAAGUACGACUUCCAUAUCCUUCCAUCUGGUAUUAUUAGUGAAAAAUGCUUCAAUGUCAUUGGUAACGGAGUAGUUGUGAAUUUGGACGCUUUCUUCUCCGAGCUCGACCAUAAUGGAAUUACUAAUGAGCCUAACUGGGAAAAAAGAAUUAUGAUUUCUGCUGAAGCUCAUUUAGUUUUUGGAGUUCAUGCUCAGGUUGAUGGAAGACAAGAGGACUCUUUAUCUCAACAAAACAAAAUUGGAACAACCAACAGAGGAAUCGGUCCAACUUAUUCUUCAAAAUGCUUCAGAAACGGUAUCCGGGUUGCUGAUCUGAUGGGAGAUUUCAACGAGUUCAGUGAGAGAUAUCACAGCCUCGUAGCUCAUUAUAAAAAACAGUUCCCAAGCAUUGAUAUUGAUGUUGACGCUGAACUCAAAAAGUUCGAAGCUCAACGUGAAAAGUUGAAUGCUCUCAAUUUGGUUGGAGACACAGUUGGAUUCAUCAACUCGCAAGCCAGAAAGGGAACUUCCAUUUUGGUCGAAGGAGCUAAUGGAGCACUUCUAGAUAUUGAUUUUGGUACUUAUCCAUACGUAACUUCUUCUAACGCCACUGUGGGAGGAGCCUGUACAGGACUGGGAAUUCCACCAACUGCUGUAUCACAGGUUAUUGGCGUCGUUAAGGCCUAUCAGACUCGUGUAGGAACCGGUCCCUUCCCUACUGAACUUCUUAAGGCGGACGGAACUCCAGAUGAAGAUGGUGAACGUUUGCAAGUUAUUGGUCAGGAAGUUGGGGUAACCACAGGACGUAAAAGAAGAUGUGGAUGGCUUGAUCUCUUCCUUCUUCGUCGUUCAGCACAGAUCAACGGAUAUACCGCAAUCGCUUUAACUAAGCUGGAUAUUCUCGAUUCCUUCGAGGAGAUUAAGAUUGCUAUUGGCUACAAAUUGGACGGAAAAGAGUUGACUGCUCCUCCAGCCCAAGCUGCUGCCUGGGGCCGUGUUGAAGUCGAGUAUAAGGUGGUACCCGGAUGGAAGAGUGUAACUUCCCACAUCAGACAGUUCGAUGAUCUUCCAGAGAAGUGCCGCGAAUAUGUGCGCUUCAUAGAGUCUUUCAUUGAGGUGCCAAUCAAGUGGAUCGGAGUAGGAGCCGAGAGAGAAUCACUUAUCGUGAUGAACUGA